AUGUCUGGAAUCAAUCUCGGAGACGAGAAACUCAUCUUCGAGUCGUCGGAAGCAGUCUCAGUCGUCUCGACCUUCGACGACCUCGGUCUGAAGGAAGACCUGCUGCGUGGCAUCUACGCCUACAACUUCGAGAAGCCGUCCGCCAUCCAGCAGCGUGCAAUUCUGCCUAUCAUCCAAGGGAGGGAUGUCAUUGCACAGGCUCAGUCCGGAACCGGAAAGACCGCGACGUUCUCCAUUUCCAUCCUCCAGUCCAUCGACGUGACUGUCCGCGAAACCCAGGCACUUGUCCUCAGCCCCACGCGCGAGCUCGCGACGCAGAUUCAAUCUGUCGUCCUUGCUUUGGGUGAUUACAUGAACGAUAUCCGGAAGCUCGAGUACGGGCAGCACGUAGUAUCCGGCACGCCUGGGCGUGUAUUUGACAUGAUCCGACGCCGCAGUCUGCGGACCCGCAACAUCAAGAUGUUGGUGCUUGACGAAGCGGACGAGCUUUUGAACAAGGGCUUCAAGGACCAGAUCUACGACGUCUACCGAUACCUCCCUCCCGCGACUCAAGUCGUCCUUCUGAGCGCGACGCUGCCGUACGAUGUCUUGGAGAUGACGACGAAGUUCAUGACCGACCCCGUUCGCAUCCUCGUCAAGCGUGACGAGUUGACGCUGGAGGGUAUCAAGCAGUUUUUCGUUGCAGUGGAGAAGGAGGACUGGAAGUUUGACACGCUUUGCGAUCUCUAUGAUACAUUGACUAUUACGCAAGCUGUCAUCUUCUGCAACACAAGGCGGAAGGUUGACUGGCUGACGGAGAAGAUGCGUGCUGCCAACUUCACUGUCUCUUCCAUGCAUGGUGAGAUGGUACAAAAAGAACGAGAUGCCAUCAUGGCGGAGUUCCGCAGUGGGACAUCACGUGUCCUCAUUACGACGGAUGUCUGGGCUCGAGGCAUCGACGUGCAGCAAGUGUCGCUUGUCAUCAAUUACGACCUCCCCGCAAACCGUGAAAACUACAUCCACCGUAUUGGUCGAUCUGGUCGAUUCGGCAGGAAGGGCGUUGCUAUCAACUUUGUAACCGUUGAUGAUGUCCGUAUCUUGCGUGACAUCGAGCAAUAUUACGGUACACAAAUCGAUGAAAUGCCGGUGAAUGCUGCGGAGCUCAUCUAG